CGCUGAGCUGGCGGGGCGGGCCGGGGCGCGGGCGACGGCGAAGGCUCCUCCUCCGGCUGCAGGUAAGGGCAGCUGCGGCGAGCCGCCGAGCGGGGCGACGUGUCGGAGCUCUAACCCGGACUGUCAAUGGGCUUGCCGGAGUCCCGGAGAGAGGGGCGUCACACCACCUGGUCACUCCUAAAAGGUUAGCAACAACUAAUAUUCAUAUAAGACAGAAGAGUAAGAUGUCAUUCCGUAAAGUAAACAUCAUCAUCUUGGUCCUGGCUGUUGUUCUCUUUUUACUGGUUUUGCAUCAUAACUUCCUCAGCCUGAGCAGCUUGCUAAGGAAUGAAGUUUCAGAUUCAGAAAUUGUCGGGCUUCAGCCCAUAGACUUCAUCCCAAAUGUCCCCCGACGUGCAGUAAGUGGGAGACAAGAGGAGAUUCCCGUGGUCAUUGCUGCAUCUGAAGACAGGCUCGGGGGGACCAUUGCAGCUAUAAACAGUAUUCAGCACAACACUCAGUCUGAUGUGGUUUUCUACAUCGUUACACUCAACAACACAGCCGACCAUCUCCGGUCCUGGCUCAACAGUGGUUCCCUGAAAAACAUCAGGUAUAAAAUUGUGAAUUUUGACACUAAACUUUUGGAAGGGAAAGUAAAGGAGGAUCCUGGCCAAGGGGAAUCCAUGAAACCAUUAACCUUUGCAAGGUUUUAUUUGCCAAUUCUGGCUCCCAGUGCUAAGAAGGCCAUAUACAUGGACGAUGAUGUAAUUGUGCAAGGUGAUAUCCUUGCCCUUUACAAUACACCACUAAAACCGGGACAUGCAGCUGCAUUUUCAGAAGACUGUGAUUCAACCUCUACCAAAGUUGUCAUCCGUGGAGCCGGGAACCAGUACAAUUAUAUUGGCUACCUUGACUAUAAAAAGGAAAGAAUUCGUAAGCUUUCCAUGAAAGCCAGUACCUGCUCGUUCAAUCCUGGCGUUUUUGUCGCAAACCUGACAGAAUGGAAACGACAGAAUAUAACUAACCAGCUGGAAAAAUGGAUGAAACUCAACGUAGAAGAGGGCCUGUACAGCAGAACCCUGGCUGGCAGCGUCACAACACCUCCUCUGCUCAUCGUAUUUUACCAGCAGCACUCCACCAUUGACCCCAUGUGGAACGUCCGCCACCUUGGUUCCAGUGCUGGAAAACGAUAUUCACCUCAGUUUGUAAAGGCUGCCAAGUUACUCCAUUGGAAUGGACACUUUAAGCCAUGGGGAAGAACUGCUGCUUAUAUUGAUGUUUGGGAAAAGUGGUAUAUUCCAGAUCCAACAGGCAAAUUCAGCCUACUCCGAAGACACACAGAGAUUUCAAACAUAAAGUAAAACAGAAUUUAAACCAAAUAUUUCUCAGGACAGCCCUGUAGCACAGCAGUUAGGUACUGCGCCUAGAAAGCAGGAUCUCAUGGACAACUGACGUUUGAAUCCCUGCCCUGGUAUCUUGAGUAACAUUCUGGGCGCCCAUGUACAGAGAAUCUUAAAGGGAUAGAGAAGUGAGAAAACAGAGAUAAAGCAACACCAGGAGGGGUUGUUCUCUCUCUGGUGAGCACUGCACUCAGCCAUUUAAAAAACAUUUCUCAGGAAAUCCUGGAAACAGUAUGUGUGGGAAGUAACAGUUGCUAGGCUUCAAUGUCUACCUGCAGCAACCCAUGGAACAAGUGUUUCAGUUGGAAAAAAAAAAAAAGUGUGUUUCAGUUGGGCAAAGAUGACAGACUGGUCUGUCUGGAAGUCAGCCUCCCAGAUAGACCAUAAAUGUGUCUGCACCUGCCUCACAGAGUGUCUUACUCCAAUGCCGAAUGGCCAGAAUGAACCGCUGCACUGACAUAGCUAGUGCCAGUCCAGGUGGCUGGUGCAGCUAGUUCAAGACUGCUGUUUGGAUCUAAUUUUGUAACUUGUGGCCUGAUCUUUAAAUAAAACCACAUUUUCUAGUAGCUCA